AUAUUCAAAAUAUUUAAACUCAUUGGAGGAAGUCUCCUCUCUUUGGUAUUAAUGUGGAAUUUUAUAAAUUAAUUAUAUUAAUUACAAAAUAAUUUUAUAAUGAAAAAACCUACUUCUUUACUAAAUUUAUUUCUAUUAUUCAUAACAGGCAAUGUCCAAUGUUCAAUUCACAAGAAUCUUGCACAUUUUGAAACUUUACAUGCUUCAGAUUUUUCUCAUACCAUAGUGAAACGUGGUAUUAGUGAUAGUCCACAUCCAUUAAACAAAGUAAAAGAAGUAUCAUUUACCACAUUGGGAAGGGAUUUUCGAUUAAUUUUAACACCAAAAAAAGGAUUAUUACAUCAUCAAUUUGAAGCUACAAGUAUUGAUGCUGAAGGAAAUGAAACUCCGGUGGCAGUUGAUCAUGACCAUUUUUAUGAUGGUCGAGUAUUCGGAGAGAAAAGUUCACAUGCUAGUGUACAUUUAGAUAAAGGUGUAAUGACAGCUAUAAUUGAUGUUCCUGGGGAAACUUACCACAUUGAACCAUCUUGGAGACAUAUGGUUGAUAAAGAUAACAAAACAAUGGUAACUUAUAAGGCAUCAGAUGUACGAUUAAGUUGGGAACAUUCAGACCAAAAUCAAAAUAAACCGUGUGCUUAUGUAAAGGAAGAUGCAGAAGUGGAAACUGUAGAUGAAGAUGAUGAUAAUUUAAAUUCUAUUACACGUUCUAAACGGGAUGCCGAUUCUUAUGACUAUAUGAUUACACCGACAAGAACCCGUUGUCCAUUGCUUUUAGUUGCUGAUUAUAGAUUUUUUAGAGAAAUGGGUGGAGGUGACACAAAAACAACUAUAAAUUAUUUAAUAAGUCUAAUUGAUCGUGUACAUAAAAUAUAUAAUGAUACUUUAUGGCUGGAACGUCAAGAAUCUGAUGGAUUUCGAGGCAUGGGAUUUGUUAUUAAAAAAAUAACAGUACACAGUGAUCCAACUAAAGUACGGAGUUCAGAGGAUCAUUACAACAUGAUUCGAGAAAAAUGGGAUGUUCGAUCACUACUUGAGGUUUUUAGCCGUGAAUAUAGCCAUAAAGACUUCUGCUUGGCCCAUCUAUUUACUGACUUAAAAUUUGAAGGAGGUAUUCUAGGACUAGCUUAUGUUGGUUCUCCUAGACGUAAUUCUGUCGGUGGAAUUUGUACACCAGAGUAUUUUAAAAAUGGGUAUACAUUAUACCUUAAUUCUGGUCUAAGUUCAAGCCGUAAUCAUUAUGGUCAACGAGUAAUUACACGAGAAGCAGAUUUAGUUACUGCUCAUGAAUUUGGUCACAAUUGGGGAUCUGAACAUGAUCCAGAUAUAACUGAAUGUAGUCCUACGGCUAGCCAGGGAGGAUCUUUUCUUAUGUAUACAUAUAGUGUCAGUGGAUAUGAUAUUAACAACAAAAGAUUCUCUCCAUGUAGUUUACGGUCUAUACGUAAAGUAUUACAAGCCAAAUCAGCGCGUUGUUUUUCUGAACCUGAGGAAUCAUUUUGUGGUAAUCUUAGAGUUGAAGGAAAUGAAGAAUGUGAUGCUGGUCUUUUAGGUACUGAAGACAAUGACUCUUGCUGUGACAAAAACUGUAAACUCAGAAGAGCUCAAGGUGCUAGAUGCAGUGAUAAAAACUCUCCAUGUUGUCAAAAUUGUCAAUUUAUGGCAUCUGGAGUGAAAUGUCGUGAAGGGCAAUUUGCCACUUGUGAGCAAGAAUCUCGUUGUACAGGUACUGGAGCUGAGUGUCCUAAAAGUCCACCUAUGCCUGAUGGUACUGGGUGCCUUGAAAGGGGUAAAUGUCGUUCUGGUAAAUGCAUACCGUUUUGCGAGACACAAGGAUUACAAAGUUGUAUGUGUGAUACUAUAUUACAAUCAUGCAAACGUUGUUGUCGCAUAAAUUUAAACGAUACAUGUUAUCCAGUUGAUCCACCUGAUGUAUUACCUGAUGGAACGCCAUGUAUUCAAGGAUUUUGUAACAAAGGCGCAUGUGAGAAAACUAUUCAAGAUGUUGUAGAACGUUUUUGGGAUAUUAUUGAAGAAAUUAAUAUUAACAAGAUGCUAAGGUUCUUAAAGGAUAACAUUGUAGGCACAGUGAUUUUGAUUACUGGUUUGAUAUGGGUACCAGCAUCUUGUAUAAUUAACUGGUUAGAUCAUAAACGUGCCAAAGAAGUCCGCGAAAGAAGGAAAUGGGAAGAUCAGGAUGAUUUUGUGCAAAUGUCUAAUGAUGCAAGACCAAAAAAAAUAAUUUACAUUAAAGUGCCAACUAGUCAAGUGGAAAGUCUAAUGACGAAUAAAUGAGAUACUUAAAUUAACACACACACACACACACACACAUGUAUAUAUAUAUAUAUAUGUGUGUGUGUGUGUGUGUGUAUUGUUAUAAGUCAAUAAAUUAAGUACUUCAGGAUCUCUAUGAUAUUAAAAACAAAAGAAAUAGUUUGUUUAAGUUCUAUUAGUUACCUUUUAUUAUUAUUUUUUUUUUUUACAUUUUAAAAUAUUAU